AUGGGAACCCAUACAAUUGGAAGAAGCUGUGGAUCGAUAGGCAUCGACAAUAUCACCCCAAUAAAAUUAAAUUUUGAUCCAGCCGUGUAUCAUGGGCUGAAUAUUACUAGCGAUGGAAUUUUUUUGCCUAGUGAAGUACAAUUUUACGACAAUUCUGAUUCGAAAAAUGUAGAAAUUGAUUUACGUCUUAAUUCCGCUAAAUCAAGUGACAUUUCUUAUGAUUACAUGACCAACGGUGCAACUAAAAUAAUAAAUCUGCAUGAGUCAAAAACCACUUGGGCAUUUUGGGACCCAACCUUUUAUUCCUCACCAAAAUGCGGACGAGCUCGUAUCGAUAUACACUUGCCUCACCUUGAAAAUAUUACCGAGUUAUUGUUUGACCUCGGUUUUUUGGAUGUCAAUUUUUUCACAUUCUCAGAUCCUUUAAAAGUCUCAAAGUUGAAUGUAAUCACUUCUUCUGGUGAUAUCAAACUUUGGAAUGCGUCAAUUGAUAAAUUAUCGCUUUCUUCUAAUAACGGGGGAAAUGUAAAAGGAGACGUCGUUUCUGUUCUUCGCAAUUUAUCUGUUGUCACAACAAAAGGAGACGUGGCGUUAGAUAUAAACUCCGCAAAUAAUACUGCGAUUCAAGUGAAUACAGAUAAUGGAAAUGUAGAGCUAUAUCUCAACCACACAUUUUCCGGACAAUAUAACAUUUCUACAACUUCUGGGAAACUCAAAACCCUUAAUCCUAACAUAACGAAUGUUAAAGAUGCCAUUGGGACUGUAGCAUCAUCACUUUCGCAAAACGCAUCCUUGUCUAUUUCUACUAAAAGUGGUGACAUUGAUGUCGAUUUCGGCGGUUCCAAAUUCUAUUCCCUCUCUGCUGCGGAAUCUUUACAAAAAACUAUUCUAAUCUCCUUACGAAAUUUAUUUGUGCUUUGGAUUGUUGUGUUUAUUUUGGGAUAUCCUAUACAAAUUUGA